GCGAGCCUCUCCGCCAUGUGGUUCGGUAUCUCUCUCUCUCUCUCUCUCUCUCUCUCUCUCCUGCUGGAAAAAGAGGCGAUCCAGAAGCGCCAUGGCGGUGAUCCUCUCCGCUAUUUGAUCUGCGCGCGCGCUCUCUCUCUCUAAAAGAAAAAGAGGCGAUCAAGAACCGCCAUGGCGGCAAUCCUCUCCGCCAUUUGAUUCGUGGCAUUCAGCCGAUGAGGGAAUCAGCUCCCCCCUCGAAUCUUGGAAGAGAAGCACCCAUGAUCCCUACUCAGUAAUGCUUCCGCGCCCUGCAGCGUGUCACGAUGCAUCCGUGUCCGGUUAAUCCUUGGACAAACGAGCGAGUUCCAAGCUUUGAUGUUAUCCGUUUAGGGUUUUUGUCCCCAUCUUUCUCUUUUCCUUUAUACUUGUUGCUUCGUAUGGUUAGUUAUUGCUGAUGAAAUCUGAGGUCGAAUUCAGAUUUAUGGCGUAAUCAGUUCCGUGAUUAUCUCAGGGAAGUUGGAGAAGAACGGGAUCGGGUAGAGGCGAGCGAUGUCUCAUUUGGCGUAUUCUAUUUCACUACGAGAAGCAGCUGAAGCUUGAUGGGGAUUUCAGGGGAAUGCGGCGGAGGGGUUUGUCCCGUCGAUGAGAGCCUUGAGCUCGCCGGACUCGUGGAGGCGGCAGAUCUCGUCGGCGCCGCCAAGGCAGCGGCCAGCGAGGAAGACCUGCGGGAGGGUGGGCCGAUGGCGGCCUGGAGCUCGGCGAGGGAGCGCGAAUCCACGGAGAGGUCGCGUUCGUCGAUGACGACGCGGAGGCCGCGAAGGAUGGAGCGGACGGCGCGGCAAUCCUCGAAGGUGCGGCGGACGAUGUGGAGGGCGGGCUCGGUGGAUGACGCGGCGGAAGACGUGGGAGGAGGGGUGUUCGUCGGCGUCGUCAUGGACGAUGGCUUGGAGGUUCCCGAGGUGGGAGGUGGUGGGAGAGCGGAGGGACCUCAUAAGAUUCGAAAAGUUCCGAGGAGCGGGACAUCUUCCACUUGCUAUUAUCCUGAUUCUCCGAUUUUUUGA